CAAUUCGGUGUGUGUCAAUCUGCACAGUGUUUUUUAAUAUAAAAGCAAGAGAGUACCAUAAAAACUUUAUAAGUUGAUGGAUAUAUCUGGGCUAAAAACUGGGAAAAUCUGGAAUAACCGCGAAAAAAGGAUUAAAAAAGAUCAAAAUAAUUAAGGAACUUUGUUGUACAUGUACUAGGAUUAGGUAAAAAAAUGACAGGGACAAAAGUGGAUCCGGAACAGGCUGACGGCAAGGCCCCAUUCAAUUUCAACAGUUACGCCACUAAGAAGACUCUCGCGAAGGGCCUCCUGGAUAUUGGGCUGCUGAUGGCGAACGCCUCCCAGCUUAAAUCCCUCAUCAGUCUGGGACCCGACGCGGAGUAUUAUUACCCCAACAUGGUACUGAUAUGUCUCUCUAUAGCACUUCAGGUCAUGACCGGAGUGAUGCUUCUUGUCCUCGGAAGCAUGGACGGCAAUAAUCUAGAGAAACGGAGUACCGCCAACCGUCUAAACAAUGUCGUCGUCGGCUUUGUAUUUGCCAUUACGGUGAUAAAUGUGUUUGUUGGUGCAUUUGGAAUCAAAAGGACAGGAAACUGAUUAGCAAAAAUGUUGUUGAUAUGUAAAUCCAUGAAUAUCCAUACCUUACUAUGAAAUGGUACUGUACAUGUUGUAUAUAGUUCUGUCAACAGACAUGUUUCACUUUACUUUCCAAUGAAAUGAGCUAAAACAGGCAGUUCAGUCAUGCUACUAACAUUUACAUACGGAAAUUAAGUUUGGACAGUGUUUGAUCUGCAUUUUAAACGAUAAUUCACUUACAUUUUUACAGUUUCACGUUUUCAAAAAAAUCCUUGUGAUUGUUUAAGAAAUUAGGUCAAGCUGUAAUGCCAUCAAGCUGUAUGUGUGUAGUUAAUAUGAAGUGUUUUGAAUCUAUGUAACUAUGUAAAUAUAUUUGAAUGACAGAAUGAA